AUCCGUCUCGCGUCUGCACGAGUUGUUUCCUUUUCUCUCUUUUUGAUGAAAUACGCGAUGGUUUGAAAAACGCUCCCGCACCGCGCGUCCGAUCCCACCGCAACAUCUACACACAAGUCAAUCACACUUUGAGUUGUGCGGGGUUGUUGUGUUUGUGUUUUGUUUCGGGGACGAGGAGCGCGUCCGUGUUCGUGCCAAGCGGCCACUUCACUUCAGGCUGCGCGUUUGUUUUUCCACCGAUCGCCUCCACGCAACUGGGAAAUGUGUUGUUGUCCACGGAGCCCUGCCAGUCACCUAUGGGCUCCCAGUCGUGACCCAGUUCAGAUUAUUAUUAUCAUCACCAUCACUCUCCUCAGACGCGUCCCAGUGAUUAGUCCCGUACAUCGGUCCAGCCUGUGCUCCGUGGCACAGUCAACAUGGCAUUGUCUGUUUUCAUGGUCGAUUCCCUGCUGGAGUCUUGUUUCUCACUUUUCCUCUGUGGCUCUUUGCAGAAGUCGCAGGAAAUGGGGCCCUGAAUAGAUUGUUGAUGGCAGCGAAGAGGAAAUACAUGGACACAGAAUUACCCCCUCAGGAAUCUGAAGACCUCUUCCAGGAUUUAAGCCAACUCCAGGAGACAUGGCUCACAGAAGCUCAGGUUCCGGACAGUGACGAGCAGUUUGUUCCUGAUUUCCACUCUGAGAACUCGGUGGCAUUUCACAGCCCUCCGGUCACCAUCAAGAAGGAGCCGCAGAGCCCGGGCUCCGACCCCAGCCAGUCCUGUAGCCACAAGCAGAGCUUCAGCUACCCCAAUGGAGAGCAGUGCCUUUAUGCCAGUGCCUAUGAGCAGAAGAGGAAUGCAGCCGGGGCCAAGAGCUCCUGCCCGGGGACCCCCAUGUCCCCCAUGCAGCAGCACUACUCCCCGAAACCUGCCACAGCCGGGCGGCCGGACGCCGGCUACAUGAACCCGGCCGCCGCCUCGCAGCCGCUGCCCAGCAACAGCUACCCCAUCAGCUCCAGCUCCAGGUUUCAGGGCCCCUCAGGAGAGCCCAUGUGCCCCCAGUUCCCCCAACCAGGGCAGGCCUUUCAGCGCAUGAGCUCUGCACCAUCAGGACACGGUGGUGCAGGAGCUGGGGUAGGCGGGGGUGGAGGGCCAGGUGGCGGAGGCGGUGGUGGUGGGGGGGGCUACCACCGGCAGCACUCCGACCCCUGCAUGCCCUACCUGCAGCAGAGCUUUAAGCAGGAGUACGUGGACCCGCUGUACGAGCGAGCGGCUCACAUGGCCGGGCACGGCCACGGAUCUCACCCCCACCCCCACUCCCAGCACCACCAACAUCCACAUCCACACAGGUUCCCCCCCGCCCACAUGAUCGUCAAGCAGGAGCCCACAGACUACACCUACGAGCCUGAUGUGCCUGGAUGUCCCUCCAUGUACCACCACAACGAGGGCUACACAAACCCCCAGCACAGCAAUGAAGGCUACCUGUUUGAGAACGACUCCCGUGUGGUUCCAGAGAAGUUCGAAGGGGAGGUGAAGCAGGAGGGCGGCGGUGUUUUCCGUGAGGGCACGCCUUACCAGCGCCGCGGCUCCUUGCAGCUCUGGCAGUUCCUGGUGGCCCUGCUGGACGACCCGGGCAACGCCCACUUCAUCGCCUGGACCGGCCGCGGCAUGGAGUUCAAACUCAUCGAACCCGAAGAGGUCGCCCGGCUGUGGGGCAUGCAGAAGAACCGUCCGGCCAUGAACUACGACAAGCUCAGUCGCUCUCUGCGCUACUACUACGAGAAGGGAAUCAUGCAGAAGGUGGCGGGCGAGCGCUAUGUUUACAAGUUUGUGUGCGAGCCCGAGGCGCUCAUCUCUCUGGCCUUCCCCGACAAUCAGCGGCCCAGCCUGAAGGCCGAGUUCGAGCGCUACGUCAACGAGGAGGACACGGUGCCGCUGUCCCACCUGGACGAGGCUGUGCCCUACACCCCGGACCAACCCCCCCAAAACAUGGGCGCCCAGCCCUACUCCAAAGGCUACAUGUACUAAAGCCAGCCACCUCUCCUUUGUCCCCCCCCCCCCACCGCCUUCAGAAAUCUUCCUGUUGUACCGACCCAUCAUCAUACACGACCCCGAAACCCCCAUGCACCUCUUGCACAUGCCCACCCCACCCACUUGUAUAUAAGGCUAUGGUGUUUCUGUUUUUAAAUUAAUCUCAUUAGGGAUUUUUUUGUUUUGUUUUUGUUUUUAAAGAGCUGCAUUCCUCUCACAUCUGAGGCCUAUUCAAUCCAUAAACAUGACUGUGGUCGAAGAGAUUGCUUAAUAAAUACCCAUGAUAAUA